GCACACGCCGUCAGCGCACACCAAAAGCUGCUGGCGCUUGUAUUGCGAGUAAAGCGCUAGCAAGUGACUGUUAAUGUCGUUUUAUUUUCAUUCAUUUUUCGGUUGUGUGUAAUCUGUGUUUCAUUUCAUUCAUUUGAUCUGUCACUUUUGAGAAAAAUGCCUGAGUUGUUCUUAUUCUUAUUUAUUUUCCAAAGUUCAUGAAUAUUACAUUUUGUUUAUUAACUUAAUAAGUACGAUAUGAGAUGAAUUAUCAGGGUACAUCAGACAGUUUUGUCAAAGUUUGUCUCGGUAGUGAUUUUUAGGUGAAAUAAUAAAUCAUGAAUCCAUAUAAGGAUGUUGAUGAAAGUUCUUUCACUGCCGCUCCUCACCUGACCUACGAAGAUAUAGCUACAAAAUUGCUGAAAGAUCACUAUUUUUUAACGGCUCUAGAACUGCAUACGGAGCUCGUGGAAAGCGGUAAAGAAUUACCGCAAUUACGGGAAUUCUUUUCUAAUCCAGGAAACUUCGAACAACAUGUUUCUAGAGCCUCAGAGUUUGUUUCUAUGUAUCGUUCGCCCAGCCAGGCGACAUUGGAUUCCCUCGACACCGCACGGUACUCCGAGGAUGGCGGUGGGGACCGCGGUGGCAGUGGGGGUGAUGUGGCUGUUUUGGAAUUUGAAUUGAGGAAAGCAAAAGAAACCAUUCAUGCACUAAGAGCUAAUCUAACUCAAUUUGCUGAUGGUGAAUCAGGGCUGGACAAAAACUCAAAAGAUGCAUUCAACAAGCGUUCCCUGAAACCCCAUGAGCGCAGAGCCCUCAACUUCCUGAUUAAUGAAUACCUGCUGCUCCAGGACUACAAGCUCACCUCUAUCACAUUUUCUGAUGAAAAUCCCGAUCAGGAUUUCGAAGAUUGGGAUGACGUAGGUCUAAACAUGCCACGGCCCUCAGGUCUAGUGUCCCUUUUCUGGGGAAAUUCCGCCAUAAAUGUCCCAAAGACAGAUGCAAGUACAGAAACAGACUGGCAAUGUUCGGAAAUGGAAUGCCAGACUGAGUGUGAUGAUAAUGUGUGUGUGAGUUGUCAGACGUCGUUUCAGAAUGAUACUGAUUGGAAUCAUGAGGUACUUAUUCAAGCAGAAGAAAUAGAACUCCUCAAGCAAAAAAUCAUACUACUAGAAACAGAGAAGUUAAACUUUCAAAAAUUAUAUGAUGCCGCCAUAGUUAGUCUAAACUCCUUAACAAGUCCAGCUUCUGAGAGCAAAGGUCUAGAACUACACAUGCCAGAAGAGAAGAUGACCCAGGUUAUUGAAACAAUUGAAAGUAGGCCGUUGCCCUGCACGGCAACGGAGAACCAUUAUGGCAGUGGGCAGUCUACCCACAGUGCUACUCCAGACCUGUUUGAAAUGAUUGACAGUGAAAAGAAUAGUGCAAUAGUAAGGAAAGAAGGCUCCAACACCAGCUCAUUCGAACCGGCCCUACUCGGUGACGCCACAAGCCGGGGCUCCCCAACGCACGGGAGCGUCACGACACUCGACGACACGUUAAGCAUGAACGACGCGGCCGAGUGGACCCGCGUGCACUACGACUACGACUGCAAGGAGAUGUGGAUCGACAGUCUACCAAACGCCCUGAAGCUGUCCUUAAUAAACUGGUGCAGCGAGACCCUGAGCCUGAACGAGCCUUUAACGAACGACUUACUGGCCGAGCUGGUGAACAGCGACAAACCGGUCACGCUUUCUGGGCUGCUUACGUUGGUCGCUGAUACGAUGCCUAAGGUGCUUCCGCACACGCUGGUGGCUCGCCGCUGCGAGGCGGCCGCGCUGCUGGCGAGCUGCGCGGCGCUGCUCCCGCCCGGCGACCCGCGGCGCGCGCGCACGCUGCAGGCGCUGCUCACGCUAGUGAAGAAACCCGAGCCGGCGGACACACGUGCUAUUUGUGAAGCUGCAUGUCUCAUAGUGAAAUGGGGCGGCGCAGGCGAAGUCCUGUCAUCCGUCGCCGAACUCCUCGCCUCACGGUCCACCGAGCGACGGAUCCUAGCCAGCCAAAUAUGCGUAGCCAUAGCUCCAUACGUACCCAUAGAGCUAUGCACUUCUUUACUACUCAGCCUAGUCACAUUAAUGUGUGAGUCUAGUGAACCAGAGAUAAGAAGCAUUGGGCUAAAGUCGGCGUGUUUGAUAUGUCCUGUGGCCGAGCAUAAGUAUGGACAGUUGGAGAAUCUCAUGUUUAGCUUUUUAAAGGACCCGGUGGAUAAGAAUGUUAAGGAUGCUGUUAGAAUAUUUGUUCCGCUGUUGGCGAGGAGCGCUUUAAUUUCAGGCAAAUUCUCAACGGAAUUAUGCACACGAAUAUUAUCGAAUUUAAUAAAAGCAAGCAAAGAAAACGAAUCAAAGAAUGUUAUAUUAUAUUUAGAAGUAAUGAGAGUAUUAGUUUUAUCGAAGCUGGCCUACGUAGUGAAUGUACAAAUCGUUAGAGAAGUUACCCCUGUCUGUGAUAUGAGUGUUAUGCUGCAAGAUGUAUUGCUGGAGAGUGAGCAGGAUAGCUUUAUGGACCUGCAGUGCUAUUUUACGGAGAAUGUGGACGCCAAAGGACUGUUGGUGGCGAUGAAUAGUUUACUGUUGAAGAAGGAUGUGAGAUGGGCGGAGUUGAAUUGGUUUAUUGAUAUAGUUAAACAAAUUUUAGAAAUAGCAACGAACGGCAAAGCGCUAAACCAUCCCACAAUAUACGAGCUCCUAAUAUCUCUAUUCAGCAGUUACGUAGACAAUUUCGGCGCUCAGUUCGCACUGAGCGUAUUGACGCCUAUAUUCAUGGACAUAAUAAUGGAGUUGGAGCAGAAAAUGGAGAAACUUCACAGUGUGAAUGUGGAGUACACUGUGGUUGUGGGUGUGUACCUCGUGUCGGUGUUGCCGGCGCAAGGGGAUCUGAGGCAGCAGGCGGAAUUCUUACAGAAGUGGAUUGUGUAUAGCAGUAUCCGUGGGCUGCCCGUAAAGAUGUUCUCCAUCCCCUUGAAGUGGACGGCGAAGCACAGACCGCUCCUGUUGGAGUCUUACUUACAACACCUUAGAGAAUUCACAGCACACAGCAGCGCCGGCAGCCGAGUGUAUACCAGCACUUUAUUAGCAGAGCUUCUGAGCGUGUGCGACGUGGACGAGGGCUGCAUAGAACGGCAGCUGAUUCCUGCCGUUAUGGCGCUGCUUAACGAUGACGACGCUUCGGUCCGUGAAUCCGCCAUCACAUGCUGGGGCAGCGUGACGCGCGCCUGCCUCCUGCGCGGCUACAGCAGCGAGGCUCAAUGUUGGCCGCCGAUGGAACACAUCAUAUCAGCUGGAAGACUCUCCGUUAAGGAAGUGGCGAGAGCUGCUGAGGCGUUGGCGUUGCUGGUGCUGCCUACUGCUGAGAACGCUGUCGUGUCGGAGAGAGCGGUGUCCCUCCUGUGCGCGCUGGCGACGCUGCGCGCGGCGCCGGAGGGCGUGGGCGCGCUCACGCCCGGCCUGCAGCUCGCCGCGCACCACGCCGCGCACCACCCCGCGCUGCUACCGGCCCUAAGAAAACUGGAAGAGAUCGUCCAAACCCCCGGCUUCACUCAAUACAAGCCGUCCAUCGAAGUCCUGCUGCACAGCGUGCUGGGCGCGGCGCCGGAGCCCCCGCGCGAGGCCGCGCGCGCCUCCAACAUGGCGGCCGCGCACGAGGUGGGCCGCCGCGUGUCCCUCAUGUUCCAGCAGAAGACUAACAUGAUGCCGAAUAUAUUCAAGAAGAAGACGUAAACGUGCAUCAAUAGGCUGGUUCCUAUUAAAAAAAUCAAUUGUUUUACAGCUGGCAUUAAAACAAGUUUGACGAAAAUAUAUUAAAAAACGAGGUAAUACAUAUUUUAAAUAUUAAAAAAAUAAGCGCGGCUUAGACUAACAAGAACUAUUACACGGUAAACGGCAUUCAAAAGUUUGAUUAGAUAUCGCAAUGUAAUGAAAAUUGCAUGCAAGUUCUUGCCAAUUUAAACCUCGUUUUACAUAAAAAAGGUAAAUUUAUUGUGGCGUGACAGGUUUCAAAUUCAAAAUAUCUGUGGGAGAUUGAACUUACGUGCCUACACUUUCAAAUUUACUCCAUUUUUCUACUGAUUAGGUUUAUAAGACUAUAGUUACUUUACAUUUGAAUUUUUUGUACCCAAAAAUUUAAGGACAUUCGUAUGGAAGAUAAAGGCAAGGAACAGAAUCUCCUUAGGCAGAACUGUCGCAAAAGUGUCCAGCUGCCAGCUAUAAAUAAUAGUUCCAAAUCUCUCCAGAGUAGCGCUAGAGAAGCUAAGAACCUAGGCGUUAUUGACGGAGUAAAGUGCGCUAUCUAUGAUUAGAUUUUUUUCUCAAGUAUUCUAGGUAUUGUAGCGCCACCUAUUUAUGGUUUUUGUCGGACACUUUUUAAUAUAUGGAAAUUCUGUUUCUUGCCUCUACCUUCCAUAGACAUUCGUCAAAUGAAUGUCAAGUACCAAAUACGUCAGAAUGGAUUUUAAGCGAAGUCACAAACAGAAAGAAGGCUUAUUUAUACUUAACAGUUUUUUUUUUAGUUUUUCUGUGUCUAUGACCCAGACACAUUGUCUCAUUUUUCUAUAGAAAAGUUAAAAGGAGUUAAGAACUAUUAACAUUAAUGCUCCAUAGUUAUUCCUCUCGCUCUGUUGACGUUACGAAUCAUUAAACGUUAGAAUGGACUAGCGAUAAUGUUCAGCCAAUUGUUUACUUUACCUACUUAUACAUAUUAAAAUAUUUAAAGACGUUGGUCAUCUCUAGAUUGAUAUUGCUCUAUGUUGUUGUUAUUAUGACAGCCUGUCUAAAUUCAUUUUGCACUGAUUUCAACACAACUAAUUGUGGAAGCGUCAUUAAGCCAUAUUUACAUAUAAAUUUAACAUUAAUGAUGACAUUUCCACGCUUUAUCAUUACCCGCUUAGAUUUUUUUAUCAAGCGUGCUCAUGUCGUACUCGGUACGAAGUUACACCACGCUUUGUCUUAUUUAUCAGACACCGGCGAAAUGAGCUGGAUAUUGUAUGUCUUAUAUAUCAGUCUACAGCUGUUAAAAGGUUACAAGUGCCAAGCAGACUUAGCUUGGCCCGACUAACUACCCUAUAUGGGAUGUCUAAUAGUAAGAACUAAACUCAAUAUUUGUUUACUGUCUUCCAAAACUAUUGUGUUUUAUAUGUAUACUUAAGAGCCCUUAAUCCUUGGAGCGUUCUCCGAUUUCACGAAAUAACGCUCGAUAGAUGGCGUUGGCGCUCGGUACGCGAGCGCCGGCAACGCGACGCGCGUUUCAAUGCAGACUAGAAUAAUCUUGAUAGUUUUCAAUAUAAUUUCAAGCAACAUUAAUUUUAGUGUCAUAUGAUAUCAUAUGGGCACUCUUUAUUUUAUUGUAUAUGCACAGUAGUUUUUUUUUUCAUGUACACUACUACUAAGUGUACAGACUACAGAGUGUACUAUAACCCUUGCUCUUUAUUCUGUCUCUUUCACACCAAUGGAAAAUGAAGAAGUUACUAAAUGACUGCAGGUAUAAAUAAAGUAUAUUAGUGCGAUAGAGAGACAGAUAGUGUUUCGUUGUCGUAUCGUAAACGAUUGGCAUGUUGGCCACACACUUGCUUAGUGCCUAGCCAAAAUACCAAUCGUUUGCGUAUAUUAGUGCGAUAGAGAGAGAGUAGUGUUUCGUUGUCGUAUCGUAAACGAUUGGCAUGUUGGCUACGCACCCAUGAUACCUAGCCAAGAAGCCAAUCGAUUGCGCAUAUUAGUGCGCUAGAGAGACAGAUAGUGUUUCCUUGUCGUAUCGUAAACGUUUGGCAUGUUGGCUACGCACCCAUGCUGCCCAGCCAAGAUGCCAAUCGUUUGUGCAUAGUAGUACGAGAGAGAGACAGAUAGUGUUUCGUUGUCGUAUCGAUUGGCAUGGUGGCUACGCACCCAUGCUGCGUAGUCAAGAUGCUAAUCGUUUGCGCACAUUAGUGCUAUAGAGUUUCAGUGUUAUUUGAAAUCACGUUAGGGUUUGUAUUAUUAUUUUUGACCCGAAUGAAGUCCAUCCAGGUUCUUAUGAUGGAGUCAGGAGUUGGUCACAAGAACUCCUAAUCUACUCAUUAUAAUUCCAUCGUGCUUGGGCUCAAAAGAUUUGCCCUGACGAACACCAUCGAUCUAGAUGAGGUCCAGGGUCUCAUGACGGAGUCAGGAGUUGGUCACCAGAACUCCCCAGAACUCCUAAUCUACUCAUCAUAACUCCAUCGAGUUUGGGCUCAAUAGAUUUACUCUGAUGAGCACCAUCAAUCUAGAUGAAGUCCAGGGUCUCAUGAUGGAGUCAGGAGUAGGUCACUAGAACUCCUAAUCUACUCAUUAUAAUUCCAUCGUAUUCGAGCUCAAUAGAUUUGCCCUGACGAGUUCCAUCGAUCUAAAUGAAGUCCAGGGUCUCAUGAUGGAGUCAGGAGUUGGUCACCAGAACUCCUAAUCUACUCAUUAUAAUUCCAUCGUGUUUGGGCUCAAAAGAUUUGCCCUGAUGAGUACCAUCGAUCUAGAUGAAGUCCAGGGUCUCAUGAUGGAGUCAGGAGUUGGUC